CACACGUUGGCGCUAGCACACGUUCUGAGGAUCAUCGAACGGCGACGGAGAAUCCCGCGCUGGAGGAGAACAGAUGCCGACCGCUUCGUCAGCGGCCUGUGCGCGACGUGCGCCACGGCCCCGGGGCAGACCCUGGGACACGAGGUCGUCGGGAUCGCGGACCAGGGUGCGCGGCUCUCGCUGUCGGCGAGGGCGGCGCUCCUCCUGCUGCGAGGCAACCCGCAGGCCCUGGAGCUGCAGCGGAGAGUAUUAGAAACUUCAGGUGCCUACCUGCCUUGGCAGCGGGCGCUCUGCCACGCUUUCUACCAGAUCUGGCCGUGCUGCCAAGUCCAGGUUGCCGCGGAGUUGGCCGGCAACGUGACCUUCGAGCUGGGCAGGGCCAGCCAGGAGUCCGACACGGCGACGUCUGUCUCCCAGCGCGGCGGCGCCCACCGGGCGCGCGCGCGCAUGGGCAUCGACCUGGACGACAAGGCCGCGUCCCGUCUCGCGGCGCUCGCCGCGCCCCGCCAGCGACCGUCCCCGCUGGCCUUGCAGCGUCGUCCCCGCUGGUCUUGCGGCGACCCUCCAGCCUUCUUCGGCA